AUGACUCCUUACUACAUCGUCUUAUUCCUUAUUACCCUAGUCAAUUCAGAGUUCGUAGCUAACAGUACCAAUUGCGGUGGGUUCCAGGCCAAUUUAAUCUUGAAGGAUGUGAUUGGAACAUGGCACGUAGUGGCGAUUAUACCGGAGAAAAUGUUUCCUGAGAGGCAGGUGACAUGUUACAAAAUUGAAAUCAGUGAAACGGAUGAGGCUGGUCUGAGAUGGCUUAUCAAUAAAACCGUAGAAUCACCAAAACCGUUUCUACAGCACGAUGCGGGGGGUAUCAUAGUACGUCAAAGGUACCACUCUGAAAGUCCUUUCGAUGUGUGGUCUAAAUCUGUCGAUGGAAUCAAAGGAUGCUUCCAACAAGUGAUCUCCAUGGACAUAGGGAAGAAUGACGUUCAUAAAACACUUAAACACGAUGCUAUGAUGCAACUGCAUCUAUUAGAAGUAGAAGGGAGACCACCAUUUUUGUUGCAAAUGCUGUGGGGAAGAAUGAUCGCUGCAGUUAUUUACCGUAGAGAACAGGGUGUAACACGAGAUGAACUGAAACCAGCAUUUGAGCUGAUGAACAAAUUGCGCGGCCCUCAACGGACGCCGAAGAUAUGUGACAACGCUUUGAAGGAUUUGCUUGUGUUCUAA